CGUUCACUGACAGGAGUUUCCUUGGCACCGUCUUCACUAUUUUAAAUGUUGAGAAAUUUCUAUCGGCGUCAGUCUCACAAUAUCAUCCUCCCGGACUUCAGCGAAACUCCAAGGACUAUUAUUUACCCCACGGCGGUAAGGCCCAAAUUCCCACCUCCGACAAUCUGAUUGGCUAGCCUGGGAAGGAGUGGGUGAGCCCAUCUCGGCAACAACCCUUUGUCCAUUGGUUCUGUGCCUUGUCGAUCAAAAGACAUCACAAAGCUCCCUUCGACCCUUCCUCCUCCGUUCCACAACGCAUUCCAAUUCGAUGGUCUUCCCCCAUACCCCUUCCAAACGGCCAGUGCCAUUGGGACAAUACACGGGAGGAUCGCUCAGUGCGUUCAGCCGGAUAGCGGUGGACGAAAUCCGUUCCGGCAGGCACAGCUGCGUCCGGCGCUUUCUAAGCUCGGCCGUUCUCUGCGAUUUGGAAGCCGAAACGCCUCUAUUUUCGGAUUGAAGAAGCGAACGGGUCCUGCUGCCGCGGGUGCGAUGUUCCCCGUGCGUGUCGCCGACGUGCGCCAUUCCGGCUGAAGCGGCGGCGGUGUUGUUAUCGAGACCGGCGAAAACUUGGGGCGUCAGUAAAAGCGGACCGGUUAGAGCGAAGCUCCCAGACGGCCGCUCGCGGACAAUGAAGACGUUAUUCUCCAACUGAAAGACGUUCCAAUUCAUUGUUUUUUUUAAAAAAAAAUCUAUAGGUCUAGGUAUCUCGGAAGAUUAUAUUUUAAAAAAAUACUCGAGGCCGGUAAGAGUUUACAGGGUUCCUCGUUCUUUCAUUUUAAUUCAGCAUGCCAUUGGUGAAAAGGAACAUAGAGCCCAGAUAUCUGUGCCAUACAGUACUGCCAGGGAGUAUCCGGAAUGAACUGGAAUGCGUGACAAAUGUUUCUUUAGCAAACGUAAUCAGGCAGCUGAGUAGCCUAAGUAAAUAUGCUGAAGAUAUAUUUGGGGAGCUCUUCAAUGAAGCUCAUAGUUUCUCCUUCAGGGUUAACUCUCUCCAGGAACGUGUUGACCGCCUUUCUGUUAGUGUGACACAAUUGGAUCCAAAAGAGGAGGAACUCUCUCUUCAAGAUAUUACUAUGAGGAAAGCUUUUCGAAGCUCUACUGUUCAAGAUCAGCAACUGUUCGACCGCAAAUCAUUGCCCAUUCCGUUGCUGGAAACUUACAGCAUGUGUGAGAAGCCCCCACCUCUGAACAUCCUUUCUGCAUACAGAGAUGACGGUAAAGAUGGCUUAAAAUUCUACACAAAUCCAUCAUACUUCUUUGAUCUGUGGAAAGAGAAAAUGCUCCAAGACACUGAAGAUAAGAGGAAGGAACGGAAGCAAAAGAAACCAAUAGAUCGUAAUCGAGAACCGGACAAAGUGCCUAGAGUGCCUCAGGAUAGACGAAAAGUAUGGGAGAAACAGGCACCAGGUUUAGAGCUUGCAGUUGAUGGAGAUUUUCCACAGAAACACAGAGACAAUAUCAACGGACCACCAGUGUAUCCUGAACCAAGGAUGGAACCCUGUGUUGAUCACCCAGAUGACCAUCUUGACCACCUUGUACAGUCCACAGUACCUUUCAGACACAUUAGUGAACAUACCAGUGGAAUGAGUGACAAAUUGUUCGUUUCGAGACCACAUGAGCCACCCCCGCCUCCACCAGUACAAACAGCAGUUGACAUGAAGGCUGUACAACCUGCUUUUAGUUCCAACUCUGAUGUAAUAGAUCAUCGACUGAGGUCACCAGCAACAAGUAAAGCAACAGUUUUUGUGAGUCCUGCUAUUCCACCUCCCCCUCCCCCACUGCCACCACCACCACCACCUCUUCCUGCUACUGUGUCAGGAACCUCAGUCAAAGCUAUCAUCAACUCAACACCUCCAAUUGCUCCUCCACUGCCACAACCAAUGGUGUCUGUUCCACCAGCUACACCUCUUCAGAUUGCCCCUGGAGUACUUCAUCCAGCUGCUCCUCCUGUGGCCCCUCCAUUAAUAAAACCUUCCCUUCCAGUUUCUGUCACAGCGCCUGGGAUUGAUAUGAUGACAACCUUUCCAGCUCAGACAAAUGAAGGACAGGGACUUCCUCCACCACCACCACCUCCACCACCACCACCACCUCCCCCAUCUGGACCACGAUCCUUUUCCCCACUUCUCGGAGGAUCUGUCCCACCACCUCCUGGGCCCCCUCCUCCACCAUCUUUUGGCACUAGACCUCCUGUUCCCUUGGUCCCACCAUCAUCUCCUUCCCAAGCACAUCCAGGAUCUGAAGUCAAGCGGCAUCCAUCUUCUCUGCCAGUGAUCAGUGAUGCUCGAAGUGUUUUGCUUGAAGCAAUUCGCAAGGGCAUUCAACUUCGCAAGGUGGAAGAACAACGUGAACAGGAGGCAAAACAUGAACAAGUUGGAAAUGAUGUGGCAACCAUUCUGUCUCGACGUAUUGCAGUGGAGUACAGUGACUCUGAGGAUGAUUCUGAAUUUGAUGAGGUGGACUGGCUGGAAUAAUGCACCUGACUAAGUUGUGCACUGUGGAGUUUGGUAUUGACAUUCAUUGUGGCACUCCACAGGAAUGCAUUCACAUUUCAUAGUUUGGAGGAUU